UUUGUUUUUUUUAAAAAAAAAAAAAAAAGAAAAUGGGUUCAAAAAAAAAUAAAAGUUCAAAAAAGAAAAAUUCAAAGAAAAACGUAGUAAAAAACGACAAAUCCUCGUAUCAUAAAAAUGAAAAUUUCAAUAACAAAUCGAUUGAAGAUCAAAAUAAAAAUACUGCUAGUUCCAUCGAGAUUAAUACACAAAUUCGACAACCGCAUAAUAUUACAAUGAUUUCAAAAAGCAAUCUUGAUAGCGAAAGACAAUCGGACAACUUGAAUGAAACAGAUGAUAAAUCCGAUGACCUCAAAUUUAACGAAUUAUAUAAAAACACGUUAAGGAAGUCUAAAAUUGUAUCUGAAGCAUCUAUUUCAAGUGAUAUUGAUCAUAAAGAUUUACAAUCUAUAAGUGAAACAAAAAGUUUUGAUAUCGAAAAGAUAGUGGAUAUACAAAGAGAUGAUUCUGCACUAAGAUCAUGUGUACGCAAUAGUAGAUCAUCGCAAGACGAAAAUAGUUCAACAUCAAAAUCAAAAAGCGGUCGAAAAAAAGUAGUCAAACAUCCGACUAUUGACACUUUGAAAGAGGUGGACAUUAAUGAUGAUAAUUCACAAUUCGAUUCUUUAAAAAACCAAAAAAAUGAAAGUUUACAAAAGAUUAAGAAGGGUUAUAUAGGAAGGGAAAAGAUAAAGCAUCAACUUUUAAGACCUGAAGGAUUACAUAGAAGUGAGUUUUGGCAUAGCUAUGUGAAUGAACCAAGAUCCCCUGUUUAUAUAUUAUGCAGAUUUCAAAUUAAAGAAAGGAAGAUAUCUCAGGAGAGAUCGAAAAAGACUUUAAUUAAAAAGGUUCGUUUCUACAAAUUUGUCGAAGUGAAACAAGUUACCGGUGAUUCCAAAGAUAGAAAAGGUAAUAUAAAAUUAAAGACUCAAAAUCAGGCAGUAAAAAUAUGGUUUACUGGGAUAACAAGAACGAAUACAACAAAUAAUAAAAAACCAGAGGUAUUAAAUUAAUAAUUUGUUUAGAAACAUUUACGUCUUCUGAAUUGUUAUUGAUACUCUGUUUGUUAUUAGGGAAAUCCGGUCGUCACAAAUAUAGUAUGCGAAGACAGAACUUGUGAUAUUCAUGUAUUUGAUCCAUUUUCUAUUGAAGAAUGAAAAAUGUGUAUA